ACGCGAGUGUCAGUGCGGACGGUACGGAGAGCGCGAUCGAGUCUAAGCGUGUUCGUUCGGAUUUAACUGGUCGCGGUAAAGUUUUCCUCGGCUGUCAUUCGGCGCAGCUCUCUCUCUCUCUCUCUUUCCUUCUGUCUGUCCGUCUCUCGCUAUCUCGAUUCGAGCCGUGACAACGUGGUUAGUGGUCGCUCGUGUUCGAUUCACUGUUCGAGAGUGACGCGGUUGCCAAUAUAUCGCGUCUCCACUUCUCGCGUUCGCUUUUCUCUUCUUGUGGUCAGUCUGCUCCCGUGUUUAUCUCUAGGUUGCCGAGUCUCUCCGUCGGAUCUGUUCUGUACCGUUCCGUUCGGGUGUGCGGUACGCUCGAUACUGGCGCGCGUUCUCUAUCGCGUACGACCACGUCGACGUCGACGUCGACGACACCGCCGACGCUGACCGCUGACGUUUUGUUUUCGAUCGGCCGUGCCGUGUGUGUUUGCCACCAGUUGCGUGUUGCGCAACUACGGUUUUACGACAGCCAGCUCCUCUCGUGCCGGCGUGCUAUUCGGGUUCGAUAAUCGACACUGGACAUCGCAUCCCUUUUCCAACCUGACAGUUCUUUCGAUUCUUGCGAUCGACUCGACAACGCGGGUCGCUGUUGGCUCGGUGGAGCAAGGUGGUCUCGACCCGUCAGGAGGAAUCGUUUGAAAAUGGCGGCGGGAACGUGUCGAUCGGCCUGAAGAGACAAUCGUAAAGACGCAAGGAUGGUGUUGGUAGUGAACGGGGUCCUGCAAGAGGACAUCCCAACGGACAGCAGGUCCUUGUACGCGGCCCACCCGGUCUACCGCGAAACCGCGGCGCAGCUUCACUCGAUGCCCGCGAAAUUAGUCGGGCCGAUGGGUCUUCUUUACGUCCAGCAGCGAGAAAUGGCCGCAACUUUGCCGCAAGACAAAAACGUGAGCAUCAUCGGAUCCGACGACAUGACUACCUGCAUCAUCGUCGUGGUGAAACAUUCCGGUUCGGGUGCUGCGGCGAUGGCGCAUCUUGACGGGGCUGGUACCGAGGAUGCCGCGACGGCGAUGGUCCAAAAGGUGACCGAACUGGCUCUUGGCUUCCCAGAGGGUCGUCUGGAGCUGCAAUUGGUCGGCGGCUACUCCGACCCUAGGAAUUACUCCGAGGAAUUGUUCUGCAACAUUCUUAUGGCGUUUCACAAGCAACCGGUGGAAAUCGACCUGACUCUGUGCUGCGUGGGCGAGCUGAACACCACCGUGAGAGGGGGGAUUCACUGGCCGGUGAUCUAUGGUAUCGGUUUGAACGUGAAAACCGGCGAAAUUUUCCCCGCUACCUUCCCCGACAAAGGUCCCGAUCAAGCGCUGCGAUCUGCCAGGCAUUUGACCGGAGGCCAACAGGUCCUCGACGUUUACGACUGUACGCUCGGAUUGCUGCGGAUCGGUCCGUUCAACUACGAUCCUCUGCGGGGAGUGGACCUCUGGUUGGCUCAAUCCGAUCAGUUUAUCCUGCAGCACCUGUCGACUUCGCCGGAGGUGGAACCGCCACACUUUGUGUCACAGGUGCGCGCGACGCUCAAGUACAUCCAGGACAAUCAGUUCCCAGCCGUGACCGUCUUCCGAGACAACAGACCUCACUACUACCGCCGAGACGAGACCACCGGCGUUUGGCAACCUAUAAGAUAUUAACGCUGCCUGCCGUUUCGCUCCCUCGUCGUCUUUCGCCGAAUCGAAGACAAAAAAGGGCAGUUCGCGGAAUUACCCUGGUGAUAGAAAAUCCAAAAAUCGUACCGCGAGCCUCCUAAGAAGAAUCAGCGCUCUCGCAAACUAAACAAAACGCGCCCGUGCCUUGCGUUUCGCCUUUCAAUCUUGUCCAGCAUUGUUCGUCAAAAUGAUUUGUUCGUUCUAUUUUUCUCCGAUUAUUUAUUAUUCCCGAGGAAACACGCGAACGGCUCGCCGCGGGAACUGCUUUCCUGUCCUUCGCUUUCGCCCUUCUCCCUUCGACGUGUAUAAUAAUGUUCGCCCUUGUUACUUGUAUGCGCGCACAACGAUAACGAUUACGAUUACGAUUAUAAGAACUACUCGAUCGGAUCGUGCGUGCACGCCUCUCGCCGAUCGACUCGCGGUUGCCUGGGAAUAACAGGAAACAGCCGUUCGAACGAUCGUAUCGUUACUGUUUAGAAUCACUUCGAACGGUUAUUGUUAGGUAUCACGGUAGAGUAAGGGUUAACGAUCGCCGGUUGUUAAGUUUCUUUUGCUCUUGUUCUAUUCUACCACCUGUACUUUCUCCUUCUCUCAAGUUAUAUUUAAUGCUAAGUACGUACGCGCGUUGCGAUUCCUCUUCUCUUUAUUUUUGUUGUUGUUCCCCCUCCUUUCUCGUUCGAGAAAGAAUGCGGACACCAUUCCGCGCGCGUCGACUCGCUGUUUCGAUCGUCGACGCGCGCUUCCAUCGAGAUCACCAGCGAAUUUCUUGUUUCGAGCGCGCGAACGAAUCACCGGUGAAUUCACGACGCGCUAUCCUGUUCUUCUCCUUCCUAUUCGCCUUCUCGAUCCGGACCGUUCGCGCGACGGACAUACCGUACUUGCCAUAAAACGGGAAGCAAAACCGAAGAAAUUAGGGAACGAUGUAAAUAUUAUAACGCGGAGUCUGCACACGAGAACACGGAGAAACGAAGGAAAGCGCGUUCGGAGCGGCACGCCCGUUGCCUGCUCGCAUCGGUUUUCCGUAACGUCGCGUCGUUUCGUACGGCGUCGAGACGUAUCUCGAGGAACGCUCUCGUUUGUACGCUCCAUCCGUUCUCCGUGCGAUUUUGUUACGUGAAACGCUUCGACGAAAGUGAGUUUCAAUCAAAUAUAGAAAAUGUUGAGGAUAAAGAAAACCCACACGAAAAAACGAGAUCAUGUUACGCGAUGUUAUUUCUCACCCUGGAUAUGAAAUUACGACCGAUCGGGAGGAGUCACGGGUCCGUUUUUGUACGAGCACGCGGCCACGCGCGCUGCUUCCGAUCGCUCCUCCCGCCCCCUUCACCCCCCCCCCUCCGCUCUAUACACGAACUGAUUAAACUUGAUACUAGUUGUAA